AUGGAGAAGAAACAAUUCUCCAGUGUUCUGGCAUAUUGGUCUGUCAAGGAUAAGACUCCAGCAACUGGAGCACCUCCUCCUGCUCAGCCUACAUCUGUACAAUCAAAGAAGCCACAGGCAAGACCCACUUCAAAGCCUCAACCUUCACCAGAGGUUCCGGCCUCAUCACCUGUCGUUCCAGUUGCCCAAGUUCAAGAAGUUGCUCCUCAGGUCCAAGUGUCAUCGACCACAACCACGACCACUACCAAGACAACUGCCCCACAUGCCCCAGCCCCAGCACAAGCCCAAGCUCAGCCCCAGCCGGUCUCUGUGACUGGCUACAGUAAUGUUCAGUUCCAGGAUGAGCCACACAUUGUGCCUGAUCAUUCCAGACCAGUUGGUGAUGACUCUAGUAAUGAUGGGAGCAACAACACGGCUGCUGCUACUUCUGGUUACCUUAAUGCUGGAGAAGUGACACGUAGCCUCGCCACGCCAUCAUACUACGACUCUUCAUUGUCACUUGAUCAACCUACCUCUGCCUACUCAAUCAUGCCAAUGAGCAGUGGCGCACCUACACCCACAACAACAUCAUCGUCAUCAAAGGUCUACGACUCAACUGAUACUGCUUAUAGUAUAAUCAAUGAGGGCGAGUUGACCAACUCAUCGCUCAAUCAAUCAUCUACAUACUCUGCCUACUCGCGCAAUGCAUUCACCGAUUCAUACUCUGUUGCCUAUGCCCAGGCCAGCCGCGACCAUGACUCAACCUUUGAUGACGACGACGAAGACGAAGACGAAGAUCAACUCAUUCGCGAGCGCAGUCUACUCAAAAGUCGAGAGGUCAAGGAUCAUGGAAGGAACUGGAAUAGGGAGUUCCAGGACAUUUUGAACUUGCCGCCAUCUAAUGAGAAGUUCCAACAAAUGACAUUCAUGGCCAUUGACUUUGUAAAGGCAGCAGAGACUUAUGGCAAGAUCAUCAUUAAGGAGAUGUUUAUGAAUGAUGCGCUCAAGACUAUCAAGCCGAUCAAUAUUGGUGGUGUGGCAGGUGGUGCCAAGUACAUCUGUCAGAACAUCCUCUUCAAGUUUGCCUACGAUCAAAAGAUCCUUGACACCUAUCUCUACGGUGGCAAGGUACCCUCUGACUAUGGUGCAUCCAAGGCUGCUGGUAAUGAGUUGCGAGGACUAUCAUACUUCUUCCAGAACAUCUUGGACAAUAGUUUGGGUCAUAGGAUGCAUGUGCCAUUGAUGUGCAUCAUUGAUUACCUUGGAUACAGAUUGAUCGCUAUAUCAUUGUUACCAAUCAAGAAGGAGACAUUGGUGUAUGGUAGCUCGGAUGGUGGAAACACGGUACAUGAUGAUGUGGAGGAGGUUAAUGAAAUGAUGGAACAGGUUGGCAAAAAGAUGAACUUGAGGGGCCAUCUGGCUGGUUUGAAUCCAAAAUAUAUCUAUGGUCCAGGCGACUUUGAGAUCCAUCAGUCCGAGGACAACGAUUUCUACGCACUGGACUUUGGUCGCUUGCUCCCGCCCCAAGCAUACUUUGACCACAAUGGCCACGCAAUCGCACAUCGCGACGUCUUCUUCAAGCUCCUGCGACCAGAGUUUGUCCGCAACUAUGAGAAGCCAUUGUCAAGCGACGCGUUCACAGGCUGGGGCACUGAGGACCCCAAACAAGACGUCUACAACCAGGACAUCUCAGACGCAACAAGCCAUCUGUUUGACAUUGUCAUACGUCAGGCGGCAACAGAGCUCGAGUCAUUGGCCAAGAGUGAUUAUUACAAGGUCGAGAUGGAGCUGGUUCGCUUCGUCCACACACAUGGUAUCAACCUGCGACACCUUGGCCGCCUGCGUAGCAUGAUUGAUUCGAGCAACACACAGCUGCGAGAGCACAUCCUGAACGAGAUGGUGGUGCGCGUUCUCAAGGGCAAGAUCAAGGACGAGCUGCGCGUCGGACUCAGCUCCGAGGGCUACUUCAUCGGCUCUGAGGAGAAGUGCAUCGAGAUCAUCAUCACUUUCAUGAACAAGGUGUUCAAUGUGACGCGUUUCACGACACAGCUCGAGUUCUGGACAGUGCAGAUCAAGGGUCUGCUCGUGGACAAGUAUGGCAGCGAGUGCGGUCUGACCCUGGAGGAGCUGGACGCCAACUACGACCUGUUCAAGUCGAUCUCUUUGUCGCGUGUCAUCACCCGACUCCAGGAGAAGACAGGCAUCACAUUCAGCGAGCGAAUCAAGCGAUAUCUCGAGAAGAACCCUGUGAACAUCUACAACAAGGCAAUGUUCCCCAAGAUGCUCUACACGGACGUACUUGGUGUUAACCCGGUCGUCAAGCACAGCAACAUGGUGGCGAGAUCCGAGGGUAUUUCGAUGUACAUGAAGGCGCUCGAGGCGAUCUACACCAACUCUGUGUCGAUCGACCGCCCGCCACGCGCGCCCGAGUACCUGUACUUCACGACGCAGCACGACGAGGAGCUGUCGCUGCUCGAGAUGUGCAAGGAGAAGCUGGAGACAGCAUCGCGCACGUCUACCACUGACGCCAGUCUCUACCAUCUCCUGGGCAUGGUCGACCUCGAGAUCAUCAAGCUCACCAGCACGGUCAAUCGUCCAUCCGCGAUGAUGGCCAUCAAGAACCUGUUGCAAUCGCUCAGCUACCUAGAGUCGGCUGGUGUGCUCGUCACAUUGGCUACCGUGCACGAUCUGCGCGGAGACUACAAGGCCGCCCAAACAUACUUGGAUCGCAUCAACAAGUUGGACCCGGCCACCGCCGUGCCCGACCUCUUUGAGAGCGCCACAACACAUGCUCCAUACUAUUGUUUGAGCGGCAUCAAGCUGGUCGUGGAGUACACCGUCACAUCCCUCCACCAACUACUACACCUGGUCGCCCUGCUCGAGGCCCUGCCCCAGGACCAUCCCGUGGCCAACGAAUACCUGCUCAAAGCAUACAAGGUCCUGGCCGUGGUCGUGAUGCGUGUCAUCUCGCAGACAGACUACUCAUACAUUGAUCGCACGACAGCCAUGGUCAAGAGCCUCACAGGAAUCAAGGAGAUGAACUACAACGAAGAAUGCAUGGCAUACUUUGGCCCGAUCAUUGAGCGCGGCAUGCAGCGCUACCCUUCAUUCAUGGACGACAUCAUACAGAGCACGAUCGAUCAUGUUCAGCACUCGGUGCCUCUCGCAUCCUACCUGCGCUACGGCCCCAACAUGCCGGCGGUCAGUGCGCGCUUUGUGGAGCAGCUACGUCGCCACCCAUCGUGCCUGCGCCUGCAGUCUGACGACCACAAGGACUUGAUCUUCCGCAACAAGGACACGAUGAAGAUGUUGUUGAGCGUGGGCGUCGAGUAUGAUUACCUGCAGAUUCGUCAUCUGGACCAUAUUGAGGCGUGCCUCGACCUGCUGCCACUCCAGCAACAUCUGACCGAGUUGACGAUCGACUUGCUCUACAUCAAGGAUGAGUCACUGCACAUGUUAGAAGCGGUCUUCCGCUGCCUCACACCAACGCUCGAGAAGCUACAGAUGACGCGACUCAAUGACACUACCAAACGCGCCAAGCUGCCCGCCGGUCUCAGCGUGCCCAACUUGCGCACAGUCAUACUCAAGGAGCCACAAUGGUCUGAUGAGCUGAUGAUUGAGUUUGCCAAGUUGAUCGCCCCAUCGGUCGAGGACCUCACACUAGAGACCGUCCCCAACCCCGUACUCUACACCACAUGGCUGAACCAGUUCACGCGACUCAAGAAGUUGGACGUCAGCUACUUCAACGAAGUGUUCAAGGUGGAGUACCUGCCUACAUCGCUCACUCAUAUCAACUGGGGUUUGACGGCCGACAUCCCUGAGCGAGAGUACUUUGUCGAUCAACUGUUUGCACGCUGUCCUUCGCUCGUGAGCCUGAUUGGCGGAAGCAUGGACUCGCAGUACGCCAAGGAGUUGAAACAGCUCAAGAAACAUCCGAUACGCGAGUUGUACAUUAAUACUAAUCGCGCCAACUUGACCACGCACGAGAUGCACUUGGACACCGAGGUGUGGGCGGGCAGCCUCGAGACGCUGCGUCUGGUCAUCAACACAUACGGCCAAUUCGAUCACUAUCCUCAGAUGCUCAGCGCGUUCACCAACUUGCGCGAUCUCAACAUGGAAAUUGGAUAUGUGGACGACUUCAUAUUGGAGGUGGUCACGAAGAACUUGCUGCAGCUCGAGUCGCUGGACGUCUCGUCAUGUCGCAAUGUCAAGCUGCUGCCACAGACGCCACACACUCGUCUUCGUCGCCUGGUCCUCUCCCAAAUGUCCAGUCCACCAGCCAACUAUGAGAACCUGGGACUGAUGUUCCCCAACCUCUUGGAGUUGAUCAUCAUGAACUCGUACGACUUUAACGAUAUGUGUCUUCGCAAGCUGUUGGUCAAUGUUCAUGGGUUGUCGAUGUUCCAGCUCCUGGGCGGAUCCAACAUCACGGACAGUGGCGUGAUCUCGCUGUGCACAUCGUCCAACACGCAGACACUUGUGGAGAUAGCACUCAACAGUCAACACAUUGGCGAUUCAUCGUUCAUCAAGGUUGCCGAAUCAUGUCCCAAGCUACGCACAUUCAAGCGCACAGUCCCACUGACGUCCUACAAGUCAGCGCACUACUAUGCGGCCAGAUAUCCACAGGUCUACAACCACAUCAGUUCUACAAUGUAUUAA